AUGACAGAAAAGAAGAUAUCACUAUUGGCAUUGAAAAAGAAGUUGGUAGAGGAAAAGAAUGUAGAAGCAUCAGUACCUCCACCAAGCAAGUUAAAGUCUUUAAAACAAAAUGCUGCUGCAUCAACUACUAAAAUAACAAAGACUGUUACAUCAUCACCUGUCAAAAAAGUGUUAACAAAGCAAUCUACAACAACAUUACCAUCAUCUAAACCUAUUACUACAACUACUACUACUGUUACUGCACCAAAAAAGAUAUCAACCUCAUCAUCAUCAACAGCAAAAACAACUACAACAAAGAAAGCUACUACUUCUACUGCUACAACCUCUAAACCUAAAAGUGAUAAUGAUUAUUUAGAUCAACUAUUUGAAAAGAAAAAAGAAAUUAAAAAGAAACAAUUAAAAGAGAUGAAUGAAGAACAAAUACAAGAAGAGGCUCAAAGAAAACGUGACAAGAACAAAUCUAAAGUCGAACAUGAUGAUUUCUUUGAUUCAAGAGGUGUUAAUAUUAAACAACGUAAAUAUGUUGAUGGUGUUCCAGUUUAUACAGAAGAGGAAUUAGGAUUAAAUGUUGAGGCUAAAGGUGGUGAUUCUGCAGAUUGUCCAUUUGAUUGCAAUUGUUGUUUCUAA